UUUUUUUUUUGAAAAUUUCUCAAUUUAUGUGAAUUUUUCUUUUCGCAUUCGCAUUUCCCUUUUAAUAAUUUAUUUAUAUUUUACACCAUUUAUGCUAUAAAAACGGAUAAUUCAAAUCAACUUAUCGCCAUACGAUCAGCUUAUAAAUCAAUUAUUCAUUCCAAAGUAUGGCGACCUCACGUCUCGAAAAACUUGGCACGAUUUUUUCGAGGGUUACAUCUUUAAUGAAAUGUGGAGCCAUUAGUCCGAAUGAUAAACCGCUGUGGUAUGACAUAUAUCAAGCGUUUCCUCCUAUUGACGAACCUUCGUUCGCCCGACGAGUUACGAUCAAAAAAGUCAAACCAAUAUUCUAUCCAGAAGACCGAAUUCGAGCUAAAUUCCACGGAGGUAACUACGUGCAAUCGAUAAGGAUGGAAACCUUAGAAGGAGGAAUAACCACGAGCGACGUAACUCAAAAAGUGAUUUCAGUAACCGGUGAAAUUAUGAAACAAGAACCUAACUUGAAUGAAGAUGAUGCUUUGAAAAAAGCCGUUGAAAAACUAACAUCUGAAAAAGCUUUCGAUCCUAAAUCGAAGUCUAUGUUUAAAUCAACCCAUCGUAAAACUGCUCGAGCAACUACAUCAGUUGAUACCGUAAAUUUGCCACAUGAUUCUAGUACUUUUAAAAAUAUUGCUGAAAAAGAUGUCGAUGUUACUAAUAUUCUUAUUAGUCAACCAGAACAAGAUAGUGUUCAUUAUAAGACAGAUUCGAUCGCAGAUGAAUUUAAAAAAGCUUCUAAAAAAGUUAAAGGUGAAAAAUUAACCACCGAUGAUAGUUUGGAAGAAAAAUAAUUUUGAUUUGUUGGCCUUGUUUAUAAUUGUAUAGUUAAAUAAAGUUAGAUCUAUAA